GAGAACAGUUUCUUCGACCGAAAUCGUAAAAAAAAAUGUGUCAAUUGGUUCAUCGAAGAAGACGGCAAGUUCACGCUGACAAAAUAAGGUAUCGCGUAGACUACAAGAAUAAUCAUCAAAUUGUUUUUACGAAUCGUUUUCUUCUGAUUGUUGACUAAUUGUUAAAAGAAGCCACAAAAAAUACGCUUCUCGAAGAAAAGUUGUUGCGCUAGAUCGUGUGUGCGUAGGUAGCUUAUCUAUCUAAGUAUGAUCAGUCCAUCAACAUUUCGCUAUUAAUUAUAAAUAGUUGAAGACGAUGCUUUGGUCUGCCAGGACUGCAAUUUCCAACUACCAGUCUUUACCUUUCCUCUUUCCAUUUCCAUUUUUUCUCUUUGGCUGCGCAAUGGACGAUUCAAGUUUAAUAUGGCAACGUUUGGUCUGCGCGUUUGAAUGAUAAGUCAACAUUUUAUUUUCGAAUUUUUACAAGCCGAGCAAAUAGGUAAAAUGAUGGCUAGUAAUAAUCAAAAUCAUGUGCUUGCUCCUGCAAACAAUGCCUCCAAGCCUAAUUCCAGUGUAAAAUAUACUUUGUGUGAUGGUGUUGUUACUAUUUUAUCAUUAGUGCUUUAUGUUGCCGACAUUGUUACAGAUAUUAUUUUGGGUGUUAAAUAUAUAAAUGCUGGAUAUUUCGAAUGGGGAACUUUAACAUUGAUUUUAAGCAUUUUACCAUCCAUUUUAACCCAAUGCAUCAGCCUCCGGUGGCAUCAGGUUGAUCAAACUGCCAUCAGCUUACCCAUGGCAGUUUCACAUAUUUCUCUUCUUGGAAUUGUUCAUAGGUAUGCUGCUAUACUGAAUCUGGGAAUUAGGAAAUCUCCCCAAAAAGAUUUUCAAUCCAAUAAUCAACAAGCUAUGCAGCUUCUAUGUCAUUACCAAAGUGAUGUGUGCUUACUAAGGUUAUUUGAAUCUUUCCUUGAAUCAGCACCUCAACUUCUACUUCAGCUGUAUGUGAUGUAUGAGCUUGAUUCCUGGCACCCUUGGACGGGUAUUUCUGCAGUGGGUUCAUUGUUAUCCUUAGCGUGGGGUAUAGCGUCAUAUGCCCGAACCAUGCGUAAUACGAGAGAAGAUAAAGCGCGAAUUACGUGGAUUGGCUUAGCUUUGCAAGCUGCAUGGCGAACAGGCACCAUGAUUUCGCGUAUGAUCGCGUUGCUUUUGUGCGCUUCUGUAUUGCACUUAUGGUUUCUGCUUGUGAUCGCUAUUCAUUGGGUUGGAAUGACUGUUUGGACCAUUAAACAAAAAACAGAUUUAUGUUCCACAGCAUGGGAAGAGAAGAUAUACAAUGCUAUUGUUGGCGUCAUCUAUUGUUUUUGUUUCUUCAAUAUCAAGGAAGGGCAUUCACGACAACGGGCUAUAGUGUUUUAUACAGUCACGGCCACGGAAAAUGCAGCAUGCCUCGCCAUGUAUCUUCGAUUUUCACAUAAACAUCAAGAUCGUCCUUGGUUUGAAAUAGCCGCUCCUACUCUCAUCAUUAUUGGAUCGAUCUUAGGGCAUACCAGUCAACUUGUAUAUUAUCGUUGGUUUCAUCCUUCGGGCCCCAUCCAAUUUAAUGCAUCCAGUACUGCUCCUGUUGAAGAAACUGUUCGUCCAACUGGAGUUUCCCUGGGUGAACAGCCAAUUCCUAGUUUCAGCCCUGUAUUCAUGUUGAGAACAUUGAAGCACAUGAAUCGUAAAUUCUCAGGUGUUAGUUUGGCUUCAGCUCUGAUCGAGCCUGUUGCAGUGAGCACGAUCAAAGUGGAGCCACCGGGUGCGCUAUUAGAAAAUAACAACCCUCUUCAAGGCAUAUUGCCUUCCGCGAGGAAAACGGAGGUUGUCGCAGAAAUGGAGCUCCCAAAACAUUUAGGCGUCUCUCGAAAUGGAGGAGCGAAAUCUCUCUCUGAUUCAAGAUUGCUGGAAAUUACCAACAGUCCAUCUGAAGCCCGUAUGUUGAAGACGAAAUCAGAGGGCCAACUCCGUAUGGUCAAAUUUUUACAUCCCCAAAAAAUGGUGCCAACCGGUUUAUUGUGUGAUGAGGCAGAUUCUAAAAGUGAAUCCUCAUGUGCGUCGGUUCACGAUUAUGAAAACAUGGUUUUUGUAAAUGUUAAUCGUGCUGAUUGGGGCAUUCGCCAUUGGAAAAGCUAUUCAGAUAUUGAAACAAGUUAUCACGAUAAUAGCGUUUGCAAGGAAAGGGAGCCUCUGGAAUCAUCCGUCAACUCGGCAUCAUCGAACGAUUCAAACCGUAUCUUGCCGUUUGGCAAACUAAAUAUGGAAGAAGCCAUCGCUCAGUUAAAAUCGCUAGCUACCCAUGGGCACAAUGUUUAUCAGCGCCCUGAUGAAAAUACUGCAACCAGGCUUUAUGAGGUCAUUUGGCUCAACGAAACUGAAACCACGGGAUCACUGGUUAACCCAGUAAGAUUGUGUCCAACCAAUGGUCACAACCUUAGCAUCAUUACUGAAUUAAGUGAAAGCAAUUCAACAGCAUCAACUGGAUCUAAAAGCUCACUUGUCCAAACAGUGGAUACAAUUAUGAAUAAGAGCGCAUGUGAUUCUUUGGUUGAAAAUGAGCACCUCACGUAUGUUGAAAUCAGUUUUCUCUCGAAGCUUUCUGAGCCUUCAAUUUCAAUGGAAACAGAGCUUAAUAAUGAACUUCAUGAAUCACCAAAGAAGCGACGAGCACGACGACACUUUUCUAUUAUUCGUGAUAAAUUUGAAGGAAAAUCGAAUCAGCCCAUGAAGAAGUCUAACACGAACUUGAGAGAAAUGAACAAAGAAAAUAUUUCUAUGGUAAAUAGCACGCUUAAGAUUCAAGAUUCCACAAGUCCCAUUCGUCAACCCGUUCUUAAUCCAAAAAAACAAUCGACUUUGUCACCGGAAUCUCGAAUAUUCUCACAAUCAUCGCCAAAAUGCUAGUAUCACUAUGUAGACAUUUCUUCCAAAUCUCAAUGCUGUAGAUACGCUUACUGUAUGCAAAUACGUUCAAUGUACUUCAAAGUUUGCCUGUCUCUGCUUAAUCAGGCAGGCAAACAAGCUUGCUCCUAUACGUCCAUAAUGUCAAUGUUUAGCUUUAAAUAGUUAUUGAUGAUUUUUCAUUUAAAUCUCGAAUUUUGUGUCUAAGAUAUGUCUGUUAGGAAAAUAGCAUUCCAAUAUUUUGUGUGUCAAUGUUUCAUCCUUACGGCCCGACCCUUUUUUAACUAUAUUCAGUUGCCUUACCAUGUACCAAUUCCUUUUCUAUGGAAAAGUUUGUACCGUAAAUGGGCAGAACGCUAAUGAUUAGAUGGGAGAAUAACUGUUCAUAUUUUAGAAUGUACAUAUAACGAGGCAUAAAAUUUUUU